AGGACUUACUGACCCCUCCUGCUGAGGCUGCUUCCCCGGGAAGGAAAUCUCCUGCUCGAGAGUCUGCCUGUUGCUCUGGCUGGGCGCAAGGACCAAGUCAGCGCUGGGGGCCCAAAAUGUGCGACCUCCACUCUCACCCUCGAGCACUUGAUACCACAAAGGCGUCCCCCCAAGUAGAACUGGACAAAGUCCCCAUCUCCUUCCUCUCGCGCGCGCACACUCGCACUCGCAAGCACACACCCAGCACCUCGAACUGCCGUGUCGUCACCACCCCAAGCCCAGCUGCCCCGCACCCCACCCCCGCAAAGGUCAGCUGAGGAUACCCCAUGACCCUGCCUGGACCACGGGCCGCCUCACAGCGUCGUAAUAUCCCCCAGCCCGGUCCAAGCAUCCCCACUCCCAGGCGCCCCCUCCCCUAUAGGUCCCCACGACCUCCGAGGGCGCUCGCCUGCUCUCUUCCCCAGGUCUUUCCCGGAGAGAAGGAGAAUACGAAGAGUAGCAACCUGCGCCUUAAAACCUGCAGAGCCCCCGCCAGCGCCCCCGAGUCUUCCAGGGCGCUAGCAAACUUGGCCAGACCGACUCUCUCGACCCGUCUCGGUGCAGCCGCCCCAAUUUUAUGCAGUCCCGGGGCGAGAGGUGAGGGGGAGGACCGGAGUUUUGAUAUCGGGGAGAUUCGUCCCAGUCUCCUUUCUUUCCACUCUUUGCAGAGCCACACAAACCCGCGCGCACCGCCUUCCCGGACGAGCCCGCCGCCGACCUGCCGCACACCCUAGGCUCGGCGGGUCAGCUGGAAAGCCCAGGUGGUGGCCUCGGACGGUCUGGCCCUUUGUCCUAGCUCAGACCGGCUCCAGGAGAACAGGCGACCUCCACAAUCCCACCACUGGGUGUUUUGGUUCAUCUUCGCAGGGAAGGAGACCGAGCAGCCCCGCCCUGCCCCGGGGAAGAAGAGCAACAGGGAGGCGGAUUGUGGUUUAAAAAGCUGUGUUGGGAGACUUUUAUCACACCCAGGGAAAGCGAUAGACACGGGCGGGGAAGCAGGGAUCUGGCCGGCUCCCCUCCAGGAACCGAGUCAGGCCGGUCCCUGGUGAGCUUCCUGCGGAGUACCACUUUCCCGCUGGGGAGAGCACCUUUGGGGAGAAACUGCUGACAGUGGUCGAGUUACCAAAGCAGC